AUGGCGGCGCCUCUCUAUUGUUUGUGCCUCCUCUUAACUGUGUUCCAGGGUGGUCAUUCUCAAUCAUCUCAGUCAUCUAUUCUCGAGGCCAGUGCUCUUCUCGAAUUCAAGCGAGGUGUCAAGGCAUUUUCUCCACCAUGGAUCUUGGAUGUGCUUCCAGACCCUCUAGCGAAUUGGGACGUGAGUAGCACAAGCUUGUGUAACUGGACAGGAAUAGCUUGCAAUCCACAAGGCCGGGUGGUAUCCCUUGCUCUUUCCAAUAUUCCUUUGACGGGGCAAAUAUCAUCCUCUCUCGGUUCCCUCGAGUUUCUGGAGCUGCUCAAUCUGUCGUACAACUAUUUGUCCGGGGAGAUUCCAUCGACCUUGGGUAACUGCGCCAGGCUACAGUCCCUUGAUCUCACGCUCAACAAUCUAAACGGAAAGAUCCCGGAGUCCCUGGGCCAGCUCUCCAUGCUGCAAAGCCUAAUUCUUGAUGCGAACUUACUUGGUGGUGAGAUUCCCUCGAGCCUAGCGCGGUGCUCAAGGCUUCAGAAGCUUUCCUGCUGUUGCAAUCGUCUCAGUGGACAGCUUCCAAGCUUCUUGGGACAGCUUCGCAAUCUCACGCUCCUGGAUCUCAGUCACAACUCUCUCAAUGGUUCCAUACCAAGGGGCUUUGCAAAUCUCUCUAGUUUGGAAGAGCUGAACCUUGAAGGGAAUGACCUCGAAGGAGAAAUUCCUACGUUUCUCCUGGUGAGCAAGACUCUUGUUGGUUUGCACUUGCAUGCGAACAACUUGGAAUCAUUUAGCUCUGAGUUUCAGGAGAUUUCUCCCGAGAACAACCAGGGUCGCAUGGAAGUUUUGGAACUAGGCUACAAUCAGAUAACAGGCAGCAUUCCAUCGCAAUUCUUCAGCUACUUGCCAGGUCUGAAGUUCAUCUCCCUCCGGAACAACAAUCUCACAGGUGGCAUCCCAGAAUUUGGAGACCACUGUGUCCUGGAAACCAUUAAUCUGAGCACCAACACCUUAACAGGAGAGAUCCCCGAAUCUGUGCUACACUGCUCACAGGUCACAAAGCUGGAUCUUUCGAGGAACAGGCUCACCGGAGUAAUUCCAUCAGAACUAGGCCGAAAUUUGAGCACUUUGACAAACUUUGACGUGGCAUUCAACACGCUGCAUGGGGAAAUCCCUCUUCUUCCCGAAAUUUCCAAGCUUGAGCAGCUUAGUUACUUUCUUAUUUCGACCAACAAGUUGGUGGGGACCAUACCGGUGGAAUAUUUCAACAUGGCGAACCUUGGCACUUUGGACUUAGCGAGAAAUAACCUCUGGGGCUCUCUCCCACGAGCUUGCAACCUGGCGGGCAUUAGCAAGCUUGAUUUGUCCUUCAACUCACUCACGGGGAGCAUUCCAUCUUGCCUUGGAAACUCAAGCUCGCUGUGGACGCUGGAUCUCUCGGGAAACCAGAUCUCAGGAGAGAUACCUUCUAGCCUGGGCGCCAAUGCUUCACAGCUCUACUAUUUGGACUUGUCACAAAAUCGUCUGGUUGGCAGCCUUCCUGCCUCUCUAGGCAAUUGCUCCAGCCUCUCCAUUCUCAUGGUGGCAAGGAACCAGCUUGGAAAAAUAGACAUGGAUUUCAGCCAGAUCCAUAGUCUGGUUCACUUGGAUCUUUCCCAUAACGAGUUCGAAGGAGAUCUAGUCCUCAGUUCCAACACCAGCAACAUCAGGAUUGCCAACUUCCGGGAUAACAGGUUCUCCAUGACGAUUCCAGAAUCGAUCUGCAGGUGGACUGCAUUGACUCUGUUGUCAUUCUCGUACAAUCAGAUCCACGGGUUCAUUCCCAGCUGCAUUUGGUCCAGCCUCCCGCAGCUCAAGGUUGUUGACCUGUCCCAGAACCGGCUGACUGGCAACAUCCCCGGUAGCAUAGGUGAGUUGAUCUCCUUCAAGGACGUGAAUUCCAGACCUGACGAUCCCGAAGGAUGGCACAACAUCCCUGGCCUGGCAUGCCCAGAAUGCCCCGGCGGCAUGCGGUUUGAGAUGAUCAUCAAGGGCUCGAGGCUUCCUUUCGCCCAGUAUUUCAACGGUUUGACCCUGUUUGACUUGUCGUCAAACUUGCUUGAGGGCGCGAUCCCGGACGAUAUUGGUCUACUUGUGGGUAUGAAGUACUUGAACCUUUCGUUCAAUGGGCUGACUGGCAGUAUCCCCCUGGCAUUGACCAGGCUCGUCAAGCUCGAGUCUCUCGACUUGUCGAGCAACAAGCUCCAGGGAACCAUCCCGGCCCAGAUCAGUGACUUGAGCCAGCUUGGGAGUUUCAACGUUUCCCACAACCAUCUCAGUGGAAUGGUUUUGGCAUCAGAGCUCUUCUACACCAAGUUCGGCCCCAGUUCUUUCGAGGGAAACAAUCUUUGUGGAGGAUUUUAUCCGUUGCAACCCUGUUCCAACACUUCUACUUCUACUCAAGCUGGCCGUGAGACGUCUUGGCUCUCCGAGAAUGUGUCCACGAAAGGCUUCUUGCUUGGCGCUCUUCUGGGUUUCUUCGGUACAAUCCAUUUGGUGGUUUUUGUAGACUGGAAGCAACGCCUGCAGCAAAUCAAUUGGAUCAUCAACCACAUAUCUAAGCCUCGCCGCUGA